GGACACCUCGAUUAGAUAGCAAAUGUUUAGUUAUCGUAAAGUCGCGUUGAAGUCGAGUCGGAAUAUAGACAAUAAAAAUGGUUCGAAAAAACUCAAAACGAUUCGAAAAGGCGAAAUUUAAUGGAUUUAUUGAUAAAAUGAAAAGUUCAUCGAGACAUAGAUUUAAUGUCUCCGAUGGCGACCAAAAUGAGGAAAAUAUAAAUUAUGGACAACAUUUUCAUGCAGCAAAAGGAAUAUUUAUGGAAUAUCUUAAUGACACCACAAUUCAUGGUUUGAAAUAUAUGGGUGAUCAGAAACGACCAGUUUUGGAAAGAAUUGUCUGGGUAUUCGCUCUUCUUGGAUCAAUUUUAAUUUGCGUUUAUCUUAUUACAAACAUUUUGGACAAACGUAACAACACACCAGUUAUUGUACAUUUUGAAGAAGAAUUAACAGCUGUAUGGGAAAUUCCAUUUCCUUCCGUAACUAUUUGUCCAGAAACUAAAACUCAUGCAAAUAUUUUCAACUACACAGAAAUGUAUUGGAAAUUAAUGUGGAAUAAUAAUUCGAAGAUAUCAAAAGAAGAAAAACACUACUGGGAAGCAAUAUCACAAACUUGCCUUUAUAAAAAAUUAGACUAUGGUAAAUUUCUUGCAAAUGUAUCACAUUUGAUCAGUGCAAUUGAACAAGCAGCUCCUGGAUUAAGAGAAACACUUUAUUCCUGCACAUGGAGACAAGCUCGUAUAAUUUGUGAUAAAUAUUAUAAAACACUUACUGAAGAAGGACUAUGUUUUACUUUUAAUGGAUUUAAUCCAAAAAAUAUUUAUCGAAAUGAAGCAUACAAUUUUUCCAGUCUAAUUGAUAGCGUUAUUUUGGAUUAUGCGAAUAAUCAAACUAGUGAAUGGGAAUUGGAAAAAGGUUACACUUUGGAAGCUGGUGAAAAUGCUUUCCCAGCUCGUGUACUUGGAUCUGGAAAUAAGGAAAGUCUAUUUUUGUGGCUAACCGAUAAGAAAGUCGAUGAUGAUUUAUUAUGCAGAGGUCCUGUGCAAGGAUUCAAAGUGAUACUUCAUACACCAGGAGAAUUACCACAAGUUUCGAAGACUUUUAUGAAGAUACCAUUCGAUCAAGCUGUUUCAGUAUCGAUAAAGCCUAAAAUUGUGACAAUUUCUGAAGGCUUAAGGCAUUAUGAUCCUAAUAGGUUUGAUAGAAUCUUUUCAGCAAAGUCACUUACUAAUUUUUUUGUAUUUUUAAGACGAAAGUGCUAUUACCAGAAUGAGAGAUAUCUGAGGUACUUUAAGCUCUAUACACAGGCCAAUUGUGAACAUGAAUGUCUGUCAAAUCAUACUCGGGCACAAUGUGGAUGUGUUAAGUUUUCGAUGCCAAGAAACGCUUCCGAGCCAGUUUGUGGAGCCAAAAGUAUGAAAUGUCUUCAAAGAGUCGAAAGAGGACUUCUUGUUACAAAUUUCAAACAACGAUCAACUGUUUACGAACCAGAAACUUCAAAAGAUUGCAAUUGUUUACCAUCUUGUAUAAGUAUUCAAUAUAAAGCUGAAAUGGAACAUCAGACUGCAUUUGAUUAUGCAAGUGUUCAGAGGGCUUUGGGUACAGACUCUGUACAGACAAUAGAUCCAGGAAUCCGAUCAGCAAGAUUGACUAUAUAUUUUAAAGAAGCAGUCUUCAAUGCAUUAAGGCGUUCAGAAUUGUACAGUACUACCCAAUUCAUAGCAAAUUGUGGAGGAUUAUUGGGCUUGUUUAUGGGUGUAUCGAUUUUGAGUUUGGUGGAAUUUGUGUAUUUUUUUACAAUUAGAUUAUGGGUAAAUUUAAAAAUGAGAAAACCAAAACGGAAGGCUUUGAAGACUUUAGAUGAAUAA